GACUCGCCGCCAUCAAUUCAGUCUUUGCCGAGAUUUUAUCGUGUGCGAGUGGUUUUUUGUGGCGUUUGCGCAGUCUGCACACUUCUAGCCGGUCCACAGUGUAUUUUUUGGCAGCGGUACUAGUGCUUCACAUAGUGUCUGAUAUAGCAGAACAAUACUUACACACACAACUCACAGCCAUAUGUGCCGAGUAGUUGCAUUUAAAUAAAUUCAUUGGCGUUCUUUUAGUACAAGAAGCUUCAAGCUGCUGCCGCUGUAGUCGAUCACGUUCAUUUCGUUGCCAUUUGACCGCUCGGAGGCGACUUUUCGCGUGCGUUUUGUGCGGUACUUUGGAAAACAAUUGACUGCCCGCCAUUCAAAUAUGAACUCGRUACUGUUUACUUAAGAACAUGCUAUAGCUCAGCCCGAAAAAAAAAUUAAAUUACGAAUGCAUAUAUUCUAAAAAUUAGUGCAACGGGUUGUGACUGUUAAUUAUUUGGAAAAGGUUGCGUAGCGCCAAGUAUAUUAUUCCGUACUUAUUUUUUAUCGGCGUACAUGUGGGCGUGCGCUUGUGCGACAGCAAUAACAAUAAAUAAAUUCAUUUGACCACAAUAGACAAAUUUGCUGUCUGAUAACUUCAUCGCUUGUGCCAAGGCUUGUGCGGUGUAGAAUAAAGACUGUAAUACACAUACAUAUGUACAUAUGUUAUUUGUAAAAGAGUUCGUUCAACUUAGAUGAUGAAAAUGUUGCAAGUUAACAUAUUUGUUGCAAGCUUAUGCUGUGUAGCAUUUUUCAACAAUUUCGCACAAUGUGAAACUGAUGUGAACAGCAGUAAGAGAGCUGAAAUCGCAAAAUCGACUCAACCAGCGGCAUAUGUACUCCAAAAUUGGUUUACUAAAAACAAAAGUAAAUCGCGAUUAAGAAGCAAUUCUAAGGCGACGAAAAAUAAUGGAUUAGCUCGUCUUUAUGGACAACAAUCGAUGGAGCGACGUUUUAACGCCGAUACUGUUAUAACGCAUGACUCAGAUACUUCUAAGAUGUUGCCCACAAAUUCGCAUACGUUAAAUAAGAAGAUGCUGAAAAAACUUGGUUUUACCAAAGUGAAAGCCCCAAACAGCCACCAUAGAAAGCGUCUAGCUGUGGAAUCAAGGCGUCACUCGUCUCCAGAUGAUUCGCAUAUGUUCAUUAUAAAACUGCCACCAAAUUUUGUUUAUUACACAAAUCCAAAAGGUGAAGACAAUAGUAUAACUGACAACUCACAAAAAACGAAUGUGUCGACCUUUCCGUUUAACUCUAAUGGCAAACCGGGACGUAUCUACCACUGGAACCUGCCUGUGUUGCAAAAGAUUCUCGGAAACAAACAGCCACUGCCACUCACUGAUGUCAACGGCAAAAAAUAUGUUAUCAACUUCAAGAGAUUUUCGCAUUUUCAAAAACCCUGGGAAAAUGACAGCAUUGAAAAAUCGUAUAAAUCGAAUUAUAAAAAAUCUCUGAAGCAUAAAUCACCCUCAUAUUAUGCGCCCACUGCAGCAGUUAAGAAAAACAGUUUUAAUCGGUAUUUUUCGGGCAACGGCAAGCCGAAGGGCUUCUAUGUUAUAAAAGAAAACCAACAUAGAGCUAUAAAUUAUAAGAAUAUAGUGUUAUAAAGACAAUAAUAUUUUUGUUAUUUUUAUGUUCUGUUUGAACCAAGCUGCAAUAUUUGAGGAAUAAUGGUUCAACUAUAUACAAAUCCUGGUCACAAAGGCAUAUGUACACAUACUAUACAUAUGCGUAUUUGAAGCGUUAUAAACUACGAAUAAGAUAACAACAACAAUAASUUAAAAAUUAAGUAAUGCACAAAAAGUUCCAUAUCGAAUUCAUUGUACUUUUUUAGAUAAGGAAAUCGGUGGUGGUAUUUCUUUUCCAAACAGUUUUAGAAGUCUCAACUUAAGAUUUACUUUCCAAAAUAUCAAAAGAGACUGACCAAUGAAUUGUACUGAAGAACUUCUUAAAGAACUGGUAAUUACUAUUUUAUUCUUACUUCGUAAAUGGUAUAUUAAACUUCUAGUUAAAAAUAAAAUUUUAAAAUUAAUUAUUUACUAAGCAAACGCUGUAUGCAACUUAAUAAAUACACACAUUUGCAAAAAAAAAAUUAAACUAAAAUAAUGACUUUUUGUAUUCGAAGUUUGUUUUUGUGUUUAAAACACAUAUGUAUGCUCUACAAGUGUUAAAUACAAUUUAGCAUACAAUUUAGGAAUUUAUAUUUCAUUCAUAAAUAUGUAAGUAUACAUACAUACGUUGCUUUAUGCACAUAAAGGUUAUACAAGUAAUAGGAGCUUAAAUAAUAAAAUUUUACUCACAACAAAUUUAAUAAAAAUAUAUAAACAUUAAACCUUACAYAGGCAAGGUCAUUUUUGGCAUACAAACUACAUAAUUACAUAAAACGGUAGCCAGUCCUACGAAGUAAACAGGUUACUUAUCAUAUACUUGAUUAUAUGAUACUUAUGGUUACUUAUCAUAUAUACAUUCUAAUUAUAAUAUUAACGGUAAUUUUCACAUUGUCUGAUUAAUAUAUUGCACUUAAUGCUUGACCAGGUAUUGUGUUAAAGAACCGAUAUUAAACUAUUAAGACAACUAAAGUAUAUCUGAAUAUUUAGCUCAUAAUCUCAAAAGAUAUUUUUGUACUUUUAAUUAUAAAGCAUAUGGUUAAAGCAGGUAUUACACAACUAGAUAAGUCUAUACGAUGUCAAUUCUACGCACUGAUAUUUUUAAGUAUAUCAUUUUAAUGUACAUUGCAAUCUAUACAUAAAUAUAAUCAAUAAACAUCAAUCAAAUGUA